CAACCUCCUUGUUCCACUCCAACCAGCCAGCUCUGAAAAUUCCCUACGACGUCACACUUGGAUGACAGAUCGCGGAAGUGAAGCAGAGAGGAACGCACCAACCAAACAAGUUUCUUUUUUACUCGGUGAAUAAGAGAUUUAACAGAACGCUGUCCGUAAUGUUAGGCGGAGGAUUUAAAGCAGAAAGACUGCGUGUCAAUCUACGGCUCGUUAUCAAUCGUCUUAAACUCCUGGAAAAAAAGAAAACUGAGCUAGCUCAGAAAGCACGCAAGGAAAUAGCAGACUACCUGUCAUCGGGUAAGGAUGAGCGGGCGAGGAUCCGGGUGGAACACAUUAUCAGAGAAGACUACCUGGUGGAGGCCAUGGAGAUCCUGGAGCUCUACUGUGACCUGCUGCUAGCCCGCUUUGGCCUCAUCCAGUCUAUGAAGGAGCUGGACCCAGGUCUACAGGAAGCGGUUUCCACCCUCAUCUGGGCCGCUCCACGUCUGCAGUCUGAGGUCUCAGAGCUCAAAAUAGUGUCUGACCAGCUGUGUGCCAAAUACAGCAAGGAGUACGGCAAGCUGUGCAGGACAAACCAGAUAGGAACAGUCAACGACAGGCUGAUGCACAAGCUGAGCGUGGAAGCCCCUCCUAAGAUCCUGGUUGAGCGUUACCUCAUAGAGAUCGCCAAGAACUACAAUGUGCCCUACGAGCCGGACGCCAUGGUCAGACCAGAGGUGUGUCCAGGAGAGGAGGCAGACCUGAUUGACGUGGACACGGACAACAAGAAGCCCAGAGGAGGAGGAGGAGGUGGAGGAGGAUUCACCGCUGGUGCCAUGCCCAUGCCCAUGCCUAUGCCCAUGCCUAUGCACUCCGCCUUCAACUAUCCCACCCCGAAAGGAGCAGAGCCCUUUAGCGGUCCUGUGGGCACCUAUGAGGGAUUCAACAGCUUCCAGCCCCCCAUGAGAGGAGGGCCACCUCCCGAGCUGCCCAGUUGCCCCCCCACCUACGAGUCUAUCGAUGACUUGUCUAUCAAACCCUCUGAUCCUUCCCAGGUCUUAGGCCCAACCCGCCCUGGCCCUGCUCCUUAUGUCUAUGACAACAACGCCCUCCCUGAGCUUCCCUCUGUCCCCGACACACUCCCCACUUCGUCUUUCGGAGGGAACACCGCCACCUCGGACGACAUCGACUUUGACGACCUGUCACGCCGCUUUGAGGAACUGAAGAAGAAGACCUAGACCAGCCUUCGCCCACUUCCCGACACCCUCUCACAAUAUCCUGUGAUGUUACUCACCAAAAGGAAAUAAGGUUUAAAACAAUAUUGGCUUGUUCCUCAACAAUGAAACUCUCCUUUUCUUUUCAUUGCUAGAUUUCUACAGACUUUACCUCACCUCAUUCAAACACUGGUGGCAUUCUCCCCCUAGUUUGAUAACCCAACAGAAUUCCUUGUCACUGUUGUCAGUCAAUACAUUUUGCAGUAAAUAAUAAGAACCUCAAUACAACACAAUCAAGAUAUGACUGGAUAGGUGUCAUUUUUUAUAUGCACUUGUACUUUAUAUGUACAGUGGCAUCCUUAAGUCUAGUCAAAAAUAUUGAAAGAUGCUAUUUGGGGCACAGACCUCUGGCUUACCAUGCAAAUGUUAUAAUCUUGUCACUAACUUGUCUUUUUCUAGACUUUGGGACAAUGUCUGAUUGGUACUAAAGGGCUAGCUUUCUAGACACUGAUCGCACCUUUUCUAGAAAACGAAGAGGCUCUUAAUUUAAACCCUCAACUGUUAAUAGUUCAUCUUUAUAGUAGUACCUUCCUCAAGAGGGCAACUAGUAACUUUGGGUGUGACGUCAUACUGUUCCGUCACUGAAUAGUGUACUAGUCUAACAAGUCUGUCUGGCCCAACCAGAAAUACAGAGAGCUGUUCACACACUGUCUUUGCUCUACACUCCACCACUGUGGCUGAGAAGCCGUAGGGUGUGUCUUGUGUUAGUGUGGUCACUAUCACAGAUCAUUGUGGCAUCAUUUCAAUUGUUCAUGACCUGUCUUGAAGGUUGACCAUUUCUGGUGUACCGAUCUCCUAAAAGCUGAUUGUACAUCAACAAUUUUUGAAGCUUUUAAACAUUCAGUUUCUGCCUCUGACUGAUUGUCCCAUUGACAGAGCAGCCUCUUGUUGACAAGGUCUACUGUGACUCCUCAGACUUCAUCUAUCAAUCUGUUACACUAGGUGGAGGGAUGCUGUCACGCUCAAAUAGAAUGCCCACUGAUAACUUGGAAAACAUAAGCAUGUCAUAUAUAGUUACCUUUUUACAUGAAUGAUUGUUUUUACAUCUUGAAUGAUUCCACAGAUUUAUUUAGAGGUUGUUAUACAUUUUAAAUGUUAAAAUAUAGCGUGAGAGAGAGAGAGCGAGAGGAGGGUUGAAGUCAGGAACCGGCAAAGAAUCCUUUUGUUUGAUAUGUUUCUGUUAAAUGUUUUGAUUGUUGUAGUUUUACCCCAUACAUGCACUUUCUGUAUUUACAGGAUUUUGCCUAUGCAGUGAAUUGGCUACAGGAAUGCAUGUUCUGACUGUGUGGACUGAACUAUUUCCUUCAUGAAAACCACUUGAUGAUGAGCUUUAGAUCUGAUGUACAAGGUUCUGAUGUACAAGGUUCUCUUUAGGCAUUAGGUGUAGUCCUGGGACCUUUAGCACAGAUUUAACCAUUCUGCUCAGGCCAGAUCAGUGAUUUCCCAGAUGAAAGAAGUCAUUUUUAUUGUGAGCCAGGAAUCUGUGUUCAAGUGCGUCAGAUGUGCACCACACUGCGUUUGCCUUCGUUACCAUUAUCUCAUAUCAGAGGCCUUCUUAGUCUGCACCAGGAGCAUACAUACUGCUCAUGUAUCUCUCCCUUUCCACUGGGUAUAUAAACUAACUAAUACCAUUUUCACUGUAAGUCUUGUUUUAUGUACUCAAAACUCCAUUAAAUAAUUUUGUUUUUUUGUAUUUAUUGGAUGAUCAAAUCUGGUGAUGGAUGUAAUUGUUUUGAUAGAUGGAGAGUGGAUAGGAUAAAAUAGUUUCUGUUGUAUAUUUUUUAUUUUCACUUGAUGGAUGAAGGGGAGGUCAAAGAAUAAGAGAUGCACACUGUCACACUACUUAAGAGUGAAGAAUGUUUGAUACUGACUGUAAAAAGCAACUAUAUUGUCUCAUUCAAUGGCAAACUUUAACGUUUUUCUUUUGUCUGUCAACCCAAAAAAGAUAGUUUAAUAAACAACAUUUGGAAUUGAA